AUGUCUAUCGACUUCCCUAAGGAAGAAGAGGCUAUCAUCCAAAGAUGGCGCGAUAUCAACGCGUUCCUUCGACAGGUUGAACUGUCCGAAGGUCGCCCGCGCUAUACUUUCUACGAUGGUCCUCCUUUCGCUACCGGUCUUCCUCAUUACGGCCAUCUUCUCGCCUCUACCAUCAAGGAUGUCAUCCCCCGUUACUGGUCCAUGAAGGGUUUCCACGUUGAGCGCCGUUUCGGCUGGGAUACCCACGGUCUCCCAAUUGAGCACGAGAUUGACAAGAAGCUGGGAAUCUCUGGUAAGGCUGCCGUCAUGGAGCUCGGUAUUGCCAAGUACAACGAGGAGUGCCGCUCCAUCGUCAUGCGAUAUGCUACCGAAUGGCGACACACCAUUGAGCGCCUGGGCCGAUGGAUCGACUUCGACAAUGACUACAAGACCAUGGACCCUCGCUUCAUGGAAUCCGAGUGGUGGGUGUUCAAGCAGCUGUUCGACAAGGGCCAGGUCUACCAGGGCUACCGAGUCAUGCCCUACUCUACGGUUCUCACCACCGCUCUGAGCAACUUCGAAGCCAACCAGAACUAUCAAGAUGUUACCGAUCCUGCCGUUGUUGUCUCAUUCCCCCUCGUUGACAACCCCGAGGUCAGCCUGCUCGCAUGGACAACCACCCCUUGGACCCUUCCCUCGCAUCUGGGUCUGGCAGCCAACCCCGAUUUCGAGUACAUCAAGAUCCUCGACGAGAAGAGCGGCAAGACCUACAUUCUGCUUGAGAAGCUCCUUGGAACCCUCUAUAAGGAUCCCAAGAAGGCCAAGUUCAAGAUCCUCGAAAGAAUUCGCGGAAAGGAAAUGGAGGGCUGGAAGUACCUUCCUCCCUUCGACUACUACUACGAGGACUUCAAGGACAUUGCCUUCAAGGUCCUGAACGCUGCCUAUGUCACUGACGACAGCGGUGUGGGUAUUGUCCACCAGGCUCCCGCCUUUGGUGAGGACGAUUACAACGUUGCCCUGGCUGCAGGUAUCAUUACUGAGAAGCGCCCACCCCCCGACCCCGUCAACGACACUGGUCACUUCACCGACCGCAUCACCCACUUCAAGGGCAUGCAUGUCAAGGAAGCCGACAAGCACAUCAUCAAGCACCUGAAGAACGCUGGCCGCAUUGCCAACGAGUCCCAGAUUAGGCACUCGUACCCUAUGUGCCCUCGUUCCGAUACGCCUCUGAUCUACAAGGCUGUUCCCUCGUGGUUCAUCCGUAUCCCCAGCAUCAUCCCCGACAUGCUCAAGAACAUCGAAGGCUCCCACUGGACUCCCUCAUUCGUCAAGGAGAAGCGUUUUGCUAGCUGGAUCGCCAAUGCUCGCGACUGGAACGUCAGCAGAAACCGCUACUGGGGUACCCCUAUCCCUCUCUGGGUCAGUGACGAUCUGGAGGAGAGAGUGUGCAUUGGCAGUGUCGAGGAGCUGCGUGAGCUGAGUGGAUAUGAGGGCGACCUUACCGAUCUGCACCGUGACAAGGUCGACCAUAUCACUAUUCCCAGCAAGAUGGGCAAGGGCCAGCUGAAGCGUGUUGAGGAGGUUUUCGACUGCUGGUUCGAAUCUGGAAGCAUGCCUUAUGCCAGCCAGCACUACCCCUUCGAGAAUGUUGACAAGUUUAAGGAGUCCUUCCCUGGAGACUUCAUUGCCGAAGGUCUCGACCAAACCCGUGGAUGGUUCUAUACUCUCCUCGUUCUCGGAACCCACUUGUUUGGUUGCUCGCCCUUCCAGAACUGUGUCGUCAACGGUAUUGUGCUUGCUGAGGACGGCAAGAAGAUGUCGAAGCGACUCAAGAACUACCCCGAUCCUUCUAUCGUCAUGUCCAAGUACGGCUCAGACGCCCUCCGUCUUUACCUCAUCAACUCUCCCGUCGUCCGAGCCGAGCCCCUUAGAUUCAAGGAGUCCGGUGUCAAGGAGGUCGUCCAAAAGGUUCUCCUGCCGCUGUGGAACAGUUACAAGUUCUUCGAGGGUCAGGUGGCUCUCCUGAAGAAGGUGGAGAAUGUCGAUUACGCUUGGGAUCCCAGCAUGGAGUCGAGCAACACCAAUGUCAUGGAUCGAUGGAUCUUGGCCAGUUGCCAGAGCCUGCUGCAGUUUGUUAACCAGGAGAUGAAGGGCUACCGACUCUACACUGUCGUCCCGCGACUCCUGGGUCUCAUCGACAACACUACAAACUGGUACAUUCGAUUCAACCGAAAGCGACUCAAGGGCGAGAACGGCUUGAACGACACUCUGCAUGCCCUGAACUCCCUCUUCGAGGUGUUGUUCACCCUGUGCCGUGGACUGGCACCCUUCACACCCUUCCUUACCGAAACCAUUUAUCUCAAGCUCCUCCCUCACAUCCCCGAGAACCUCCGUGGCGAGGACUCUCGAAGUGUGCACUUCCUGCCAUUCCCUGAUGUUCGACAAGAGCUGUUUGACGAGGAGGUUGAGCGACGGGUUGGACGCAUGCAGCGUGUCAUUGAACUUGCUCGUGUGUCUCGUGAGCGCCGCACCAUCGGACUCAAGCAGCCUCUCAAGACCUUGGUGGUGAUCCACCCUGACCCCCAGUACCUUGAGGAUGUCAAGUCCCUGGAGGGAUACAUCACUGAGGAGCUGAACGUCCGCGACCUGGUUCUCUCCAACGACGAGGCCAAGUACAACGUCCAGUACAGCGUCACUGCCGACUGGCCUGUCCUCGGAAAGAAGCUCAAGAAGGACAUGGCUCGUGUCAAGAAGGGUCUCCCCUCCCUCACCAGCGAGCAAGUGCAAGGCUAUGUGCGAGAUGGACACGUCUUUGUCGAGGGUAUUCGCCUAGAGGCGGGUGACCUGGUUGUGCGCAGAGGUGUCAAGGAGGAUGAGGCCUCUAAGAACUUCGAGACCAAUACCGACAGCGAGGUGCUCACUAUCCUGGAUACGGAGAUUCACCCCGAGUUGGCCCAGGAGGGUCUUGGCCGUGAAAUCAUCAACCGUGUGCAACGGCUCCGAAAGAAGGCCGGUCUCGUCCCGACCGACGACAUUAGAAUGGAGUACCGAGUGCUUUCCGACCCCGAAGCUGUGGGUCUUUCAGAUGCUUUCCAGUCGCAGACAGCUGCUUUUGAGAGGGCAUUGCGUCGGCCUCUUGACGAGGUGGCAGCCGAGGCGGGGGCUGAAGGUCUCAUUGCAGAGGAGGAACAAGAAGUACAACAGGCAACAUUCCUGCUUCGACUACUUAAAUUGUAG